AUGCUCGUCCGGACCUUCGUCGACCCCGCCCUCGACCGCCCUCGUGGACGCGAACGAAGUGAUCAUCGUCGUCGUUUGCGUGCGAAUCGAUCAAAUCGCGUGAAGUGCGCGUCGACGAAUCGAAACGAAGGAUCAGAGUUACAGUUACAAAAUAUCUCAACCGAGAAAUCAAUUGCGCUCUCCCGAAGGUCGCUCCUCGCGUUCGGGACGUGCGCGUGCGGAACGUGCGUGGGCCCUCAUGCCCUGGCGAACGUGUCGUUGAUCGAACCGGAUGUGAAGCUGGAGACGACGUUUGACAUCGCGCGUGACGCGAAGCGGGACGAGGCGUUCUCGCGCGGCAUGGCGACGAUGAUGGGCGGGUUCGAGAGCGCGGUUCGCGAGCGCAAAGCCAGGCUUUUCGAUGAUUUAUUGAGUCGGAGCGAACGGAGCGGUGAGAUGUCUGUGUUGGAAAUUGGGGCAGGGAGCGCGCCGAACGCCGAGUUUUUCGCCAGAGCGGCGAGAGCGAGCGGACCGUCGAAUGUGGACUUGAUAUGCCUCGAUCCGAACGAUUCAAUGCGAGAUUACGCCGAGGAGAAUCUACGACGAUUUCGUUCGGUGGGUGAUCGACCGGUCGAGGCGAGAUUCGUGCAUGGCGUCGCAGAGGCGCUUCCUCUGCAAGACGCGAGCGUCGAUGCGGUCGUAAGCACGCUCACGCUGUGCUCAGUGGUUGAUCAGAGACAGGCGCUGCGAGAGAUUCGUCGAGUGUUGAAACCCGGGGGAAAAUUUUUGUUUCUCGAACACGUACUCUCGGAGACAGAUCCGAAGUUUGCGCGAUUGCAAGAGUCCUUGACGCCCAUGCAGGUGAGCGUCGCCGAUGGGUGUCAUCUGAAUAGACGCACGCUGCAAGAGAUCCAAACUAGCGGGUUUCGAAGCGUCGACGGUGAGUAUUACGAGUUGGACGGAUUCUGGGUGAUCGCCCCGCAGGUAUGUGGCAUCGCCGUCGCUUGA